AUGUUCGACAUGACCAAAGGGUUGCGCAUUUUCGAGCAUAUGAUAAUCGUUGAUAAAAAUAGUGUACUUAGAUUGUGGAAUGGCUUUGAAUGGAAGAGAGUGGAAAGUUAUUUCCAAUUUGUGACUACGGCUAGAUAUGACCAUAAGGGACACCUGUGGUGUGUCAAUAAUUCGUACGAGUUACUCAAAAGGAUGAAAAAAAGUUUUAAAAACUUUAGGCAUUUAGGUAACGAAGAAAUUGUAGAUAUCAGUUUUGAUAAAAAAAAUGUGUUAUGGUGUGUUAAUCGUAAGGGAGAGUUGCUCAAGUGGAAUAGAACCCAAUGGACUAAAGUGAGAUUUUCUGGAUUCCAUAAAUUGAUAAGUGUGGCCUUUGACAGUAGGGGAGAUUUGUGGGCUAUCAAUACGAAGAGGGCGUUGGCGAUCUGGAGUGAAAAGGACCGUUGCUGGAAUGAAAAAGUUGUGAAGGAUGAUUUGAAAAUAUGUGCCAUCGAUUUUGACAACGAGGGGCAUAUCUGGGUCGUUUCCACUGCGGGCGCGCUGUUGACCUAUUCGCAGGGUCACUGGGUGAACUUUGGGUACGUCUGCCUGGACCGCUUGAUUUCUGUGGGGUUUAGGAAGUUAGACAUAUCGGUUUCAAAAGGAGAAAGGGAUAUCACACAAAAGUUUCCACGUGGGGUAACAAAUUGGGGUGAACCGCUAAGCAGCUAA